CUCGGUGGCGGAGCAGCUGCAGCGGGGAGGCGGUGCAGGCCGAGGCGUUCGACAGCGUCACCGUGCACUUCAGCGACAUCGUGGGGUUCACGGCGCUGUCGGCCCAGAACCCCAUGCAGGUGGUGACGCUGCUCAACGACCUCUACACCUGCUUCGACGCCAUCAUCGACAACUUCGACGCCUACAAGGUGGAGACCAUUGGUGACGCCUACAUGGUGGUGUCGGGGCUGCCGGUGCGGAACGGGAAGCUGCACGCGCGGGAGGUGGCGCGGAUGGCGCUGGCCCUGCUGGACGCCGUGAGGACCUUCAGGAUCCGCCACCGGCCCGGCCAGCGCCUCGAGCUGCGCAUCGGAAUCCACACCGGUCCGGUGUGUGCGGGGGUCGUGGGGCUGAAGAUGCCGCGGUACUGCCUGUUCGGGGACACCGUGAACACUGCGGCAAGAAUGGAGGCACACGGGGAAGCCCUCAAGAUCCACAUCUCGGGGGUGACCAAAGCGGUGCUGGAGGAAUUCGGGUGCUUCGAGCUGGAGCUCAGGGGGGACGUGGAGAUGAAGGGCAAGGGCAAGGUCAGGACCUACUGGCUCUUGGGGGAGCGUGGGAACAGCACGAGGGGGUGACCCCCCCCCAAAAAACACCCCCCCUGCACCCCAAAAAUCAUCAGCGGACCCCAAAAAUCACCAGCGGACCCCAAAAAUCAUCAACGGACCCCAAAAAUCAUCACUGGACCCCAAAAUCAUCAGCAGACCCCAAAAAUCAUCAGCAGAUCCGAAAAAACAUCAGCAGACCCCAAAAUCAUCACUGGACCCCAAAAAUCAUCAGUGGACCCCAAGAAUCAUCACAGGACCCCAAAAUCAUCAGCGGACCCCAAAAAUCAUCAGAGGACCCCAAAAUCAUCAGCAGACCCCAAAAAUCAUCAGCGGAUACCAAAAAUCAUCAGCAGACCCCAAAAAUCAUCAGCAGACCCCCAAAAAUCAUCAUUGGACCCCCAAAAUCAUCAGCGGACCCCAAAAAUCAUCAGCGGACCCCAAUAAUAACCAAAGGACCCCCAAAAUCAUCACAGGACCCCAAAAAUCAUCACCAGACCCCAAAAAUCAUCAGCGGACCCCAAAAUCAUCAGCAGACCCAAAAAUCAUCAUCAGACCCCAAAAUCACCAGCAGACCCCAAAAAUCAUCAGCGGACCCCAAAAUCAUCAGUGGACCCCAAAAAUCAUCAGCGGACCCCAAAAAUCAUCACCGGACCCCAGAAAUCGUCACAGGACGCCAAAAAUCACCAGCGGACCCCAAAAAUCAUCAGCAGACCCCAAAAUCAUCACUGGACCCCAAAAAUCAUCAUCAGACCCCAAAAUCAUCAACGGACCCCAAAAUUACCAGCGGACCCCAAAAAUCAUCAGCAGACCCCCAAAAAUCAUCAGCGGACCCCAAAAUCAUCACCGGACCCCAGAAAUCGUCACAGGACCCCAAAAUCAUCACUGGACCCCCCAAAAAUCACCAGCUGACCCCAAAAUCAUCAAUGGACCCCAAAAAUCACCAGCGGACCCCAAAAAUCAUCAGCGGACCCCAAAAAUCACCAAAGGACCCCAAAAAUCAUCAGCGGACCCCAAAAAUCAUCAGUGCACCCCAAAAACAUCAAUGGACCCCCAAAAAUCAUCACAGGACCCCCAAAAUCAUCACCAGACCCCAAAAAUCAUCAACGGACCCCAAAAAUCAUCAGUGGACCCCAAAAUCAUCACCAGACCCCCCAAAAAUCAUCAACAGACCCCAAAAAUCAUCAACGGACCCCAAAAUCAUCAGCAGACCCCAAAAAUCAUCAUUGGACCCCAAAAAUCAUCAGCGGACCCCAAAAAUCAUCAGCGGACCCCAAAAAUCAUCACCGGACCCCAAAAUCAUCAGUGACCCCAAAAAUCAUCAACGGACCCCAAAAAUCAUCAGCGGACCCCAAAAAUCAUCACCGGACCCCAAAAUCAUCAGCAGACCCCAAAAAUCAUCACAGGACCCCAAAAAUCAUCAUCAGACCCCAAAAAUCAUCAACGGACCCCAAAAUCAUCACUGGACCCCAAAAAUCAUCAUUGGACCCCAAAAAUCAUCAGCGGACCCCAAAAAUCAUCAGUGGACCCCAAAAAUCACCAGCAGACCCCAAAAUCAUCAUCAGACCCCAAAAUCAUCAUUGGACCCCAAAAAUCAUCAGCAGACCCCCAAAAUCAUCAGUAGAUCCCUUUUGGGGUUU